AUGGGAAGAACCCUGAGAUGGUUCAAGAGUCUGUUGGGGAUGAAGAAAAAGAAGGCACAGAGAGAGAACUCUAACAGCUGUGAUCGCAAAGCACAGAGAGAGAACUCGAACAGCUGUGAUCGCAAAGUUAAGAGAAGAUGGAGUUUACCAACGAACAUUCCUGUGGCUGAGGCUGCUUUCUUGAGUUCCCAUUACACCGAAAUCGAGGGAGAACGGAACAAGCACGCAAUUGCCGUGGCUGUAGCCACAGCUGCGGCAGUUGACGCUGCUGUUGCCGCUGCACAUGCGGCGGUUGCCGUGGUGAAACUUACUAGCAAUGAGAGAGAAACUGUUUGUUGGUGGGCUGCUUUGAAGAUUCAAAGUGUCUUAAGGGGAUAUCUUGCCAAAAAGGCCCUUCGAGCUUUAAAAGGGGUGGUGAAGGUACAGGCCCAUGUUAGAGGUUACCUUGUGCGAAAGCAAGUAGCCGCAACUCUGCAUAGUAUCCAAGCUCUUACAAGAGCCCAAGAGACCAUCAUCUUGCAAAGAGCUCUACGACGGCGUAACUCCAUUAUUGAAAGAUUUGAGGGAACAAGAAGCAAUCACAGGGCUUCAUCAAUUCAUAAUAGGAGGCUAUCGGGAUCCCUAGUAGAGAAUUCUAUCAUUAACAACUUGAAUGAGAGCCCAGAAAUUGUGGAAAUCGAUACGUUUAAGCCAAUAUCAAGAUCAAGAUCCCGUAGAACCAACUCAUCAACCAUAUCGUCACCUCUGUCGUGCCCCAAUUACAUGGUGAACACGCAGUCGUUCAGGGCCAAAGUGAAGUCUUGCAAUAGCACGAAGCAACUGAAUAAGAUAGUUGAGUCGAGGGCCAGGUUUAGCGGGGUUGGGAUGCAGAGGUCCUGUUCUCAGGUUCAAGAAGCUUUCCAUUUUAAGAAUGUAGAAAUGGGUAGACUGGACAAAGUGGGCGGAGUUUGUUAA